CCAUGAAAUUCCUAAUACUCAUCCUCGGCUUUGUUGCGGCCGCUAAUGCGAUCUCCAUCUUUGAUCUCGUGAAGGAAGAAUGGACUGCUUUCAAGUUGCAACAUCGUAAGAAGUACGAAAGCGAGACGGAGGAACGCAUCCGGAUGAAGAUCUACGUACAGAAUAAGCACAAAAUUGCCAAGCACAAUCAGCGCUACGAUCUUGGCCAGGAGAAGUACCGUCUGCGUGUGAACAAGUACGCCGAUCUGCUGCACGAGGAGUUUGUCCACACGCUGAACGGUUUUAACCGCUCUGCCGCCGGCCAUCUGCUGCGUGGUGAUCUGAAGCCCAUCGAGGAUCCUGUGUCCUGGAUUGAACCAGCCAACGUUGAAGUACCGAAGACUAUCGAUUGGCGUAAGAAAGGUGCCGUCACUGCGGUAAAGGAUCAAGGACACUGUGGCUCGUGCUGGUCUUUCUCGGCGACCGGUGCGCUGGAGGGACAGCAUUUCCGCAAAACCGGCAAGCUGGUGUCGCUGUCCGAGCAGAACCUCGUCGACUGUUCGCAGAAGUACGGUAACAAUGGUUGCAACGGUGGCAUGAUGGACUUUGCCUUCCAGUACGUCAAGGACAACAAGGGUAUCGAUACGGAGAAGGCGUACCCGUACGAGGCGAUCGACGACGAGUGCCAUUACAACCCGAAAGCCGUCGGUGCCACGGACAAGGGCUUCGUCGACAUUCCCCAGGGCGAUGAGAAGGCACUGAUGAAGGCGAUCGCCACCGUGGGCCCGGUUUCGGUCGCCAUCGAUGCGUCGCACGAAUCGUUCCAGUUCUACUCGGAGGGUGUGUACUACGAGCCGCAGUGCGACUCGGAACAGCUCGAUCACGGUGUGCUGGCGGUCGGUUAUGGUACGUCAGAGGAGGGUGAAGAUUACUGGUUGGUGAAGAACUCGUGGGGCAUCACCUGGGGCGACCAGGGAUACGUUAAGAUGGCGCGUAACCGAGACAAUCACUGCGGUAUUGCUACCACCGCUAGCUACCCGUUGGUGUAA